AUGAAGGUUCUCUAUUGGAAUUUACGGGGCAUCAGUAACGACCCCACUAAAGAUGCAUUGAAAAAGUUUGUAUUAGACAAUAAUCCGGAAGUUUUAUGCAUUUCCGAACCCUUUGUUGGACUGGAUUCUAUUCCAUCUUCUUUUUGGUGGUCUAUGUCGAUGAUUCUUUUGGUGUCUGACCAGCAGGUUACCCUUCGGAUUUUGUUUGAUUCUAUUCCAUGUAUCUUCACUACUGUUUAUGCUAAAACUACUGUGAUUGAGCGUAGAAGAUUAUGGGAGGAGCUCUAUGAAAUUAAAGCAAGGUUUGGUGAUGGCCCUUGGUUGGUUUGUGGUGACUUUAAUGCAGUUUUAGGAGCUCACGAAAAGAUGGGAGGUGCAGUUGUCUGUCGUCGGUCUUGUGAAGAAUUUCAGGCCAUGUCUGAUCAGUGUGAGCUGGAGCAUAUAACUACUCAUGGUGCCCAAUUCACUUGGGUGCGUAGGAGGGGUCUCAGAGGAAAUGUGGAGCUGCGUUUGGCGAAUCAUGCUUUGGUUGGAUGCUUGGGAUCACACAAAUUGCGAGUCUUACGCAAAGCUCUUCGUAAAUGGAACUGGGAGGUUUUUGGAGAUGUUCACAGAAAGGUUGAGGCUGAUUUUGCUAACUUAGCAGCUCUUCAAAAUGAUAUAGCUAUUGCUGGGGGUUCAGAAUCUGAUUUUGCAUUAGAAAGAAAGUUGCAGGCUAAUUUAUCAGAGUCUUUGCGAAUUCAAGAGAUCUUUUGGAAAGAAAAGUCAAGAGCACGUUGGUUGGCUGAGGGGGACAGAAACACUAACUUCUUUCAUGCUAUGUGUAAAGUUCAUCGGGCUACGUCUUCAAUUCACUUACUUCGUGAUGGUGACCAGAUUUAUGAUGACCCUAUUUCCAUUCAAGAUCAUAUUGUUGGUAGUACGAUCUGUUUGCUCGUCCAGAUGGUUUCAAUGGGCAAUUCUUUAUCUCUUGUUGGGACAUUGUGGGGGCAAGAAGUGAUUGCCGGAGUUCAAUAUUUUUUCAGGUUUGGUUCACUACCAAAUUCAUUUAAUUCGAGUUUGAUCAUUCUUAUCCCUAAAGUGGACCAUGCAGAUUCAAUUACUCAAUACCGUCCAAUUGCCUUAGCAAAUUUUGUCUUCAAGUUAAUCCCAAAAAUUUUAUCUUUAAGACUAGCAGGUAUUGCCUCACGAAUCAUAUCUUCUCAACAACAUGGUUUUGUUCAGGGGCGGAAUAUUUCAGAUUGUAUCUUGGCCACUUCUGAAUGCUUCAACAUGCUUGACAAUAAGUGCUUCGGUGGGAAUGUUGCUAUCAAGGUUGACAUCACUAAAGCAUUUGACACUCUUUCUUGGGAUUUUCUGCUAAAUGUGCUUAAGGCGUUUGGUUUCCAUCAGAUUUUUAUUGACUGGGUGCAAGCAAUUCUUGAAUCGGCGAAGUUAUCUUUGUUAGUCAAUGGAAGGUCUGUAGGUUACUUUUCAUGUGGAAGGGGAGUUCGCCAAGGAGAUCUGCUUUCUCCAUUACUUUUUUGCUUAGCCGAAGAAGUUCUUAGUCGAGGUAUCACUGACUUGGUUAAUCGAAGAAAACUUCAUACUAUUUCCUCUCCGCGUGGUAUUCAAGCUCCCUCACUUGUACUUUUUGCAGAUGAUAUUAUUAUUUUUUGUCGUGGUGAUCGUGGGAGUGAUCAUGUCUUAUUUGGAGGAGUAUGGCUUGAGAGGUUUUCUCUAGUGCCUCUGAAGGUUGUGGUUUUAUUCGCUCCAGGUUUUGGAGAAAUGGUCGACCUCGAAGCUCUUACACUACUUCUUCAAUUUGGCCAGGCUGGCUAUGGUGGUGUUUAUAGAGACUAUAAAGGCUUGGUUAUAAGUGCUUUCUCUUCUACUCUUGAUAUCCUUAGUUCUGUGGCUGCAGAGGUCAUGGCGAUCAUUAAGGCUAUUGAAGUAGCUUGGGUUAGAGAUUGGAAUACCUUUUCAGAUGAUGGAAAUAUUGAUGAUACAAGUUUGGUUGAAAAUCUUAUUCCUUCAAUGGUUUCAGAUUCAGAAAAUUGCUCUUUACUUGCUAUUCCUUUUGCUGAAGAUGUCAAAAAUGUUGCAUUUUCCAUGAAUGUUGAUAGUGCCCCAGGUCUGGAUGGUUAUACUAGUCAUUUUCUUCAGGCUUGUUGGGAUGUUGUUGGGUUGGAUAUGGUCCGUGCUGUUAGAUAUUUCUUUCAAUCAGGUUAUAUAUUGCCCGAUCUAAAUUCCAACUUUGUGGCGCUCAUUCCAAAGUUUUAA